AAUUCCCUGCAACGUAGCUUGCAGUCGAUUGCGACUCCUCCCGUUUCCUCUUUUUGUUCAUGGGGUUUGGGCAUGGGACCGAAGGUGGGGCGAUGGAAGAAGACGACACCGAGAUCCAGCGACGCGUGCUCGAAGAAGCUUUCGGAGAAUCUUCGGACGACGAUGGUCCAGCCUGUUCGGCCGCGGAUCCCUCCCUCUCGAGACAGCCUAUUUGGGAAUCGGUGGCUGGUAUCAAGGGUUUGUGGCUGUGCCGGGACUUCCUUUGGAUAAAGCAGCAAUCUUUGCUUCUAUCGGCGAUUGAACGAGAAGGAUGGUUCUCAGAUAAUUCUCAUAAUCAGGCUAUGAGAUUUGGGGACCUUCCAGAAUGGGCAACUGAACUUGCUAGAUUAGUUCGUGAAGCAGCUUGCUUUGGUGAAGUAUCUUUUGAGGCUAGCAGAGGGUCAAAUUCUGAAGAUCAGGAUGCUGAAGAAACUUGUCCUCUGCCAUUAAAUUUGUUGUGGAGAGAACCACUUUUUGAUCAACUUAUUGCAAAUGUGUAUGAACCAGGUGAGGGAAUUUGUGCGCAUGUGGAUUUGAUGCGCUUUGAGGAUGGAAUUGCCAUUGUUUCCUUAGAAUCUGCUUGUGUGAUGCAUUUUACACAAUGUAAAGGGGGAGAUGGUAAUGCUGAGCUUCAAGGGGAAGAGACUUCUUCAAUGAGGAUUCCCAUCUUAUUAAGUCCAGGCUCCUUAGUUCUUAUGUCUGGGGAAGCACGUUAUCUUUGGAAGCAUGAGAUAAACCGCAAACCAGGGUAUCAGUUGUGGGAAGGGAAAGAAAUUCAUCAGAAGAGGAGGACUUCCGUAACUCUAAGAAAGCUCUGCAAAUCACCCAACUAAAGCUAAUGGAAGGACAUCUAUCUGUUAGUUUCUUUCACCUAUCCAUUUGAUUUUAACCUGGAUUCCAGGUUCAAACGCUUUAGAUUACUGUAAAUGAGCGGCGCAAAUCGCAGCUUUAGCCUUGGUUUUCAGUGUCUGUACAAUGAAUGGCAGCUUCAGUUGUGGGAAGGGAGUGAAGACACUGUUGCAGCGGUUGCAAAUGCCACCAGUUUCAAGUUGUCACAAAAAGGAACGUUCUAUUGCAAGCAAAUCAAAGUGGUUGGUUUCUUGAAACUCUGGUGAUCUGUUAAUUUGAGGGUCACAUCUUAAAUUUGCUCCAGUCUUAUUAUCAAAUUCCUUGGGAAUUAAAUGGCGUAUUUAGCUAGCUAGCCACCUUGCUUGCUUGUUUGACUUAUAUUUACACUCUUUUUUUUGGAUCAAUCCCAUUGUACAAGUUUAAUAGGAUACAAACAACACAAAAA